UUUCAUUAACAGUUCACUAACGUUCACACAGACUUUCGCUGAACAGGUCUUUUGAUCUUCUAACCUUUUUGUCAUGAAGACUUUCAUUAUUGUACUGACUCUGGCGGCAAUGGCCAUGGGUGUGGCCAUUAACGAAGCCGACUAUCAUUCCAUUGAACAUUUAAUGGGUCAGAGGAGGCCAGCGGCAGCAAAUGAUCGUUUCUUUGAGGAGUUGGGCGGUGGCAAACAUGCUCCCGAAGAAGAAAAGAAUCCAGAGUUUUGGAAUUCUUUGGCCCGUGAAGAAUUGGCCAAACGUUUGGAUGAACAGUAUAAUUUUAAUAAGGCCAAGAAUGUUAUAUUCUUUUUGGGUGAUGGCAUGUCAUUGACAACGGUGACAGCUUCUCGCAUACGCAAGGGUCAGUUGAAGGGCAAGACGGGUGAAGAGGAGAAGCUGAGUUUUGAGAGAUUUCCACAUACCGGUUUGAGUAGGACCUACUGUGCCAAUGCCCAAGUGGCCGAUUCUGCCUGUACUGCCACCGCUUACUUGUGUGGUGUAAAGUCCAACAUCGUUACCAUUGGUGUAUCACCUAAUGUUGAAUACAACAACUGUUCCAUGAGUAUGGAUCCCGAAAAUCAUGUCAGUUCGAUAGCUUCCUGGGCUCAAAAGGCCGGUAAAUCUACCGGUUUCAUUACAACUACCACUCUUACCCAUGCCAGUCCAUCGGGUUCGUAUGCCCAUACAGCAAAUCGUUUCUGGGAAUGUGAUGCUGACAUCCAAGCAUGGGGUGAUCACAAUGAAGCCUCAUCUUGCAUGGACAUAGCCCAGCAAUUAAUUAAACAAGCACCCGGACGUGAUUUAGACUUGAUGAUGGGCGGUGGUAUGGGUAAAUUUCUACCCAACACCAUGAACGAUGCCCAUGGCAAGAAGGGUGAACGUGAGGAUGGCCGCAACUUAUUGUCCUUGUGGAGUGAAAUGCAUCCUACCGGGAAACUGGUUACCAAUCGUGAUGAAUUAUUGAAUUUAAAUGUGGACAAGGCGGGUAAAAUAAUGGGCAUUUUUGGUUCGGGCGUAAUGAAUUAUCAUGCUUUGGCCGACAAUAACAAACAGCCCACAUUAGCCGAGAUGACCGAAGUGGCAUUGAAGUUUUUGAGUAAAAACGACAAGGGAUAUUUCAUUUUCAUUGAAGGUGGUCUAAUCGAUUAUGGCAAUCAUGCCAAUAAACCCGGUUUGAGUUUAGAUGAGACCUUGGAAAUGGAAAAGGCCAUAGAGUUGGCUGUUAAUAUGACUGAUCCCAAUGAAACUCUUAUUGUUGUAUCAGCCGAUCAUGCUCAUCCUUUGACUAUUGCUGGUUAUCCAGCUCGUGGUACACCCAUAUUGGGUCUGAACGAAAAUGAUUUGGAUGAGAAUGGCAUACGUUAUGCCACUUUGAAUUAUGCUGUUGGUACCGAACAAUUCUUAGACGAGCAGGGUCAACGUUAUGAAUUGGAGGGUAAAAUUGAGGGAAUUGACGAUACCCAUCCAAGUCAGAUUCCCGGUGCCAUUGGUGUCCACUCUGGCGAUGAUGUGGGUGUUUUUGCUUUAGGUCCUCAUUCUCAUUUAUUUAGAGGUGUCUUGCAACAGCACACCUUACCCCAUAUGAUGGCCUAUGCUGCCUGUAUUGGUGAUGGUCCGACAUUGUGUAAAGAUCAAGCUUAAAUAAUUGGUUUGUACAUAACCGUGAUUGAUAUUUAGUGAUACUUUGAAAGCUAAUUUUGUAAUUCGUGUAGUUUUAA